GUUUGAAUGACAUGUUCGGUGACGUCCAUGGGCUUGACGAAAACAAGAGCCUUAAAACCUGCUGAAACGAUCUGCUUGGAUAUGGUGCUCGAUGAGAGUCCGAUCGUUCCGCUCAGGCUGACCCAAGCAGUGGAAGAUGGCCAUCCACGUGGAGGGAUUACUGGCGAUCGUUAUCUUCUACGUGAUCAUUUUAUUUGUUGGAAUAUGGGCAGCGUGGAAAAACAAAAAUUCUGGGGUUGGAGAAGGUAAAGAUCAAAGUGAAUCUAUAAUGGUAGGUGGACGGGACAUUGGAUUGUUUGUUGGCGCAUUUACAAUGACUGCCACUUGGGUUGGUGGUGGAUACAUCAACGGAACAGCAGAAUACGUGUACUUGCCCGGAUACGGCUUAGCUUGGGCGCAGGCGCCGUUUGGUUAUGCUCUCAGCUUGGUCGUAGGUGGACUCUUCUUUGCCAAACCUAUGCGCUCCCGUGGGUACGUGACCAUGCUGGACCCCUUCCAGCAGAUCUAUGGGAAGAGGAUGGGUGGUCUGCUCUUCAUACCAGCCUUGAUGGGAGAGAUCUUCUGGUCUGCAGCCAUUCUGUCAGCCUUGGGUGCAACCUUAAGUGUGAUAGUUGACAUCAAUAUCAACAUGUCUGUUAUGAUAUCAGCUCUGAUUGCCAUCUUCUACACGUUGGUGGGUGGGUUGUAUUCUGUGGUAUACACGGAUGUGGUUCAACUCUUCUGCAUUUUUGUGGGCUUGUGGAUCAGUGUGCCUUUUGCUUUAGCUAACCCUGCGGUGUCAGACAUUGGCAUCACAGCAGUAAAGAAAGUAUUUCAGACUCCAUGGCUGGGUACAAUUCACCCUUCAGAUGGCUGGAUGUGGGCAGACAACUUUUUCCUCCUAGUGUUGGGGGGGAUUCCCUGGCAGGUGUAUUUUCAGCGCGUUCUCUCUGCCUCUUCAGCUGCCUAUGCCCAGCUCCUCUCCUUCCUGGCUGCCUUCGGCUGCUUGUUCAUGGCUGCCCCGUCAGUCCUGAUUGGAGCCAUCGGAGCGUCUACCGACUGGAACCAGACAUCCUAUGGCCCUGUACCACCAAUAGAGAGAGACGAAUCAGACAUGAUUCUGCCCAUCGUGCUCCAGCACCUCUGCCCACCCUUCAUUUCCUUCUUCGGCCUUGGGGCUGUGUCUGCUGCUGUGAUGUCAUCAACAGACUCGUCCAUUCUCUCAGCUAGUUCUAUGUUUGCCCGCAACAUCUACCAGCUUGCUUUCCGUCAGUCAGCAUCCGACCGAGAGAUCGUCUGGGUGAUGAGAAUCACUAUCUUCGUGUUUGGUGCUAUGGCAACUGCGCUGGCUCUUCUAACAGGAACAGUGUAUGGUCUGUGGUACCUGAGCUCUGACCUUGUCUAUGUCAUCAUCUUCCCCCAGCUGAUUAGUGUGCUCUUUAUCAAGGGUACGAACACCUACGGUUCAGUGGCUGGCUAUGUCUUUGGUCUGCUUCUGCGCAUUGGUGGUGGGGAGCCCUACCUUAAGAUCCCACCUUUCAUCUACUACCCAGGCUGGUAUGAGGAAGAGAAGAUGCACCAUCUCAAAAAAGACGUGGAACACAUUGUGGUGCAAAGGUUCCCCUUUAAAACUGUUGCUAUGCUGGCAUCCUUCUUGAGCAACAUUAUCUUCUCCUGUGUGGCCAGGUAUCUCUUUGAGAGUGGUGUGCUCUCUCACAAAUAUGACUUCUUGGAUGCUGUGGUUUCCAAGCACAGCAAGGAAAUAAUGGAUAAAACAACCCUUGUUGGAAAUGAGAAUAUCAUCCUAUCAGAGAUGGCACCAGUGAAAACAAAGAUUGGAUCAACCUUGGAAGGAACAUUCAUGAACACAGAUGCACUUUGUGAUGAGGGAGAGACUAGUCCAGAUUUGAAUAAUGAACAUAAAUAGAAAUAGAAAACUUCCUUAAAUGUAACAGUGGUUAAGAGUGCUAAUGCUACAUCUAUGUGGCUGAUUUAGUUGAACAUUGUAUUUUUUUCCCCAGCUAAUACAAAACAUUCUUCCUAGAAUUUAAAUCUAAUCUACUGAAUUUAAAUCUAAACCACUGAAUUUAUAUCUACCUUACACUGAUGGGUAGGAAUGAAACUUAUUUUAUCAUUUUGUUUAGAUCGGUCACAAUAGUCAUGAUAUUUAUAGCAAUAAUAUAUUUAACCAUUAGUCACUGUAUGUUGUGAUAUAGUUUAUAAUAAGGAGAACUUCAUGUUUCAUAGUAAUCUCAUAUCUCAAAUUCUUUUGUGUAGUUGAUACUCAUGAGUGACAUCACAGAUUAAGCUUUAUUAUAUAAAUAUAAACAUAAGACUGAAAUACAAGUACAAAAACUAGAAAACCCCAUUAAACAGAAACAGUGAGAGAAGAUAAGAUCAAGUAAUUACUAGUCAUUUCUUUUUCAGUUCAGUAAAAUGAGCUUUGCCGUCUCUGUAGAAGAUAAAUGAUGAAAGUGAAGAGUCAUUCAUUAGAGACUUUCUCAGUCUGCAGGUGCUGUAUUGUAUGUCAGUAAUCUGGUAGCUGUGUGCAAUAUUGUCAGGUUGCUUUAAACACCAUUUAUAUAAAUCUCAUCUGACAAGAUUCACCGUGAAGUAAUAAUAGAUAAUGAUGAACAGCAGCUGACUCAGUGACAGAAUCUGAACAUAAAUAUAUAUUUAUCCACUGGUUAAUGUAUAUAAACUCACUGGUGUACACGCACGCACGCACACAAACCAGUGGGUAUAUAUACAUUAACCA